GAACACAUCGAUCUGUGCUGCUCCGCCCAGCCCCGAAGAACCAAUCACGCUGGUCGAACUCACCAGCGUCCCGGGCGGCCAGAAUGCGAUGGCCCACCUCAAAAAGCGCAAGCUCGAAGCGGAAUCGGCAGCCACGAAGUCGAAGCAGCAACAGCUACCCCAACCGCAACAGCUCGGCAACUCGCUGGGCAUGAUGAAAAAGGGACCGGCCAACGACAUGGAGAACGACCCGGUGAUUCGACGCCGUAGGAAAAGCGUGCGCGACGACCAGAAAUCAUCCAUGACGACGGCCAUCGAGUCCGAGCUUGGCAACAACAACAAGACCAACCUCAGUCUGCCCCAAAAGAAGAGAGUCUUCUCGUCGGCCAACAACAACAAUAACAACAACAACAAUAACAACAACAACAACAACAACAACAAUAACAAUAACAACAGCAAUAACAACAACAACAACAACAACAACUCGGGCAGCCCGGCGAGGAAGACGAACAAGAAUAAUUGCGAGGAGCCAGAGGCAGACGAGAACCUCAUCCGAGAGACCGAGGCAGCGCUAAAGAGUCUCUCGGGUAGCUGGGCCCCGAUACCGCGGGGCUCCUUCUACCAGCGCAACAACUCGGACGAGGACUGCAGGUACGAGUCGAACUUUGAGAACCUCUUCGAGGAGAAAAAGGACGGUGCGAACAAGAUGUCGCCCUCGUCGUCGAUGUCGCAGUCAUCGAUCGCGAGCAACGAGACCGGCUGCUCGCUCAAGGACGUGAUAACCCUACGGGGCCAUCAGGACCCCAAGGGGCGAUUUCAACACCAGUUGCAGAGCAAAAUGACGGACUAUAGGCUGCUCAAUGGGAACGCCAAGGUGAAGAAGGAGGAGCCCGACUGCAACGGCCGGUCGCUCGCCUACUCCAAGGAUCGGCUGAUGCACCUUACCGAUCACCACCAGAGCAAGUACUUGGCCUCGCGGUACGAGCCACCGGACUUUAACGAGCUCGUCGACGAGUCCUCGAACGAGUUAGAGAUCGACAUGUCCGAUCCGGCUGCCGAGCGCAACGAGAACGACCACUCCGAGAAGGACCGGAUGCCCUACGACGGGCUCAAGGUCAACUCGUCGUCCCCCUCACCGGUCGGCUCCUCCUCCUCCUUCUCCGUGACCUCGGCCUUCAGGCCCCCAAACACCGACCACACCAAGAGCAACAGCACCACCAGCUUGCGCGGCGGAAUCGUCGGUUCCCCGGCGUCCACGAUCCCACCGUUGGGCCCGUAUCCCGCGGCGGCGACGUUCGUCGGGUACCCGACACCCGGGCCCACGAUGCCUGUGCCGCAACCGGUGCCGGUCAUGUCGCCGCCGAUCGACGACAAGCACGGCUCAACCGUCUCCCUUCUGCAGUUGAAGUCUCCCAAAGAGGAGGCGAUGCCGGCUGUGGUGCAACGCACCGACGCGAUUCCCACGGCUGCCAGCGCCAAGGGCUCGAUCGGUAGUCCCGACGUCAACUCCAAGCAGUACACGAUACUUCAGCCGGCGGGGGUUGGCUCGCGCGCGGCUACUGCCAUCCAGGAUAUAGCCAGGGAGGGCGUCGUCAGCGUGACCGCGGUCAGCAGCUCGAACGGUGGGUCGAGUGGAAAGCCGAGCAACGGAGCGGGUAGUGCGAGUGGAGCAGCGAGCAACGACAGCAACAACAGUGGCAGCAGUGGCGCGGUGGGUGCGGGUUCGCUGUCGACGACGGCGAGCCCCUCGGCAAUCGGGGACGCGGGGGCGAGCGCGAUAACGAGCCAGCAGCAAGAUAAUGGCAUUAAACUGGCCGAUCGGGCUGGUCCCUUCGACGGCAGGCCCGCCAUGUCGAUGUCGCCCUUGAGUCUCAGCAGGGAGGGCAACAAGUGCCCGACUCCCGGCUGCACGGGCAUUGGUCACGUGACCGGACUCUACUCGCACCAUCGUAGCUUAUCCGGAUGUCCGAACAAAGAUAAAUUAACACCAGAAAUGUCAGGCAUCCCCCCGGAGUACAUAAGCACGACCCUCCUGCCGCCGUCGCUGGACAGCAAGCUGUACCCCCAGUACGGCACGGCCCCGCAGCAGGACACGAAGCCCGUGGUGCCGUCGCCCACGUACGACUACUACGCGGCGACCAAGGCAGCAGGUAUAAACAUCAAGCCCCCAAAGACCCCCGAGGACAGCAGCCAGAGCCGCAACGCCAACAACAAAGUAGUCGCCGUCGUUCCCAAGACCGAGAACGUCCCUGCGAACAGCUGCUGCAGCUUACCCAAGGAUCUCCUGGUCCCCAAGACCGAGGACUCGCCCUCUUGUCGCGUUGGCCAAAACUCCCCGGCCCCACCACCACCGCCACCCAGCGUCCGCCAAGCUUACGACUCGUACCUCAACCAGGACUCAAACUCGUCCUCCAUGUCCUCGAUGGAGGCGAUGGCCGGUCCCCGCACCAUACACCACCCCAGCCAACAACAACAACAACAGCAGCCCCAACCCCAACAGCACCACGUCCUCUCGAUGCAGUCGGCGGUCGCGUACCCCAUGCCAGCCAUGGUCGAGGACACGCGCAUGAGCCACCAAAUGGCCCAGCGCACGGCGUACGAGUCCUCGAUGAUGGCGGCCGCGGCGGGCGAGGACCUCUACUCGCACCAGAGAUCGGCGGUCGAGCACGCCCGGGCCACGUACAUGCAGCAACACUCGGGUGCCACGAACAUAGCCCGGCCGGUGGUCACCUACUCGAACGAGAUGACGGCCCGGGGCUACGUCGAGAACUCGGUCCCCGGAGGCGCUGCCAACCACCGGCCGUACGACCCGGGCACCGCCUCGGCCUACGACCGCUACGACGCGUGCACGCCCCUCCAACCCCAACAACAGCAACAGCAGCAACUCCACUCGAGGGCCGCGUCGAACAUGUACUACCUCGGGGGACACCAGGUGGGGAUGACGCCAGAGGAACAAGAGAGGGCGUACCAUCAGGAGGCGGCCGCCGUGGCGGCGCAGCAGCAACACCAGAUGGCCAUGGCCGCUGCCACCGUCGCCGGCAUGAUGAAGACGGAGGACGUCAAGUGCGUGACGGUGGCGCAGGUGCAACAGCUGCAACAGAAGCCGAACGGCCCGCCGACGUCGCCCGGGGGAUCGGUCAUGGAUCUGUCGACGUCGAGCAUCACUUCGACGAGUCCGCAGGCACCACCUUAUGGAUCUAACGGCCUGAGUCCGCAGUACGGAGGUGGGCAAACCGUCGGUGGUAGCCCUCAGGCAGCAGCGAGCCCGCAUCUGACGGCGAGCCCCCAAGUGCCGAGUCCCCAAGGCCAGACCCUCGACCUCAGCGUGAACAGAUUGCACAGUGGAGCACCGAGCCCGCAGUACUCGACGGCGCACAGUGAAGGGGUGCCAGUGCCGGUGGGUCCGGGUUUCACGGCACCCCGGCCUAUCGAGGAGCAAACCGAGCCAGUCGACUUUUCCACGGCCAACGAGCCGGUUAACUUCAGUGGUGGCAUCAGGCCCGUGCCGGGCUUCCCUCCGGGUGUCCACGCGGCGGCCUACAGUCGCGAGAGCACGCCUGACAGCGGCUCGCACUACAUGGACGCGUACAGGGAUCCCACUGGUUACGGCCCCAUGAGCCCCCACCCGGGCUACGGGAUGACAGGAGUCCAGCCAGAGUACCCCGGCAACACGUACACGCCGUAUCCAACUGCGGGAUACCAGUGCGCGAGCGGCUAUCCCGGCGGGCCGGUGACCUCGAGCUACCAGAUACCAGCCGGCUACUCGCCGGCGCCCUGCUACAGUAUGCCACCGCCCCAACACACGAUCGGCGGACCCCUCGACAAGCCCAACUGCAAGGACGACAGCCUCUCCGGAUGCCCGCGAGCCGAUCGCUCGCAGAUCCAGGCGCACUCGCAGGAGCUCAAGUGCCCGACCCCCGGCUGCGAUGGCUCGGGCCACGUCACGGGAAAUUACUCUUCCCACCGAAGCUUGUCCGGAUGCCCGCGGGCCAACAAGCCGAAGAGCAAGCCCCGUGAUGGCCAGGACUCCGAGCCCCUCAGAUGUCCUAUCCCGGGCUGCGACGGAUCUGGUCAUGCCACCGGCAAGUUCCUGUCGCAUCGCAGCGCGUCGGGCUGCCCCAUCGCUAAUCGCAACAAGAUGAGGGUCCUCGAGUCGGGUGGUACGGUUGAGCAGCACAAGGCCGUCGUAGCAGCGGCCACGGCCAUGAAGUUCGAGGGUGUGAACUGCCCGACGCCGGGCUGCGAUGGCAUAGGACAUAUCAAUGGCUCCUUCUCCACCCACCGAUCGCUAUCGGGUUGUCCGAUUGCUGGACACACGAUCAAGAAGCCCAAGUUCGAGGACAUGUCGGCCAUGUAUGGCAAGAGCCUCACAGGUGACGUGCCCAUGGGUGGUCCACCUCUGGGGAGCAGCGGGGUCGGAACCAACAGUGCCGGUGGUGGUCCAACCGGUGGUGCCAAUCAACCCGAGGACCUGUACACACUGGAGGCCGAGAUAACCGAGCUGCAGCGCGAGAACGCCCGGGUCGAGUCCCAGGUACUGCGUCUGCGCUCCGACAUCAGCGCCAUGGAGAAUCAGCUCAAGCACGGGGAUAAGGACAACGCAGUACUGUCCCAGCGCAACAGCAACGUGAACGAGUACUACCAGUCGCUGCGCGACAACAUGAUGAGUCUGCUCGAGCACGUGCGGAUACCGAGCGCAGGAACGGGUGGCCCCGUGGCCGUGGACAACAACAAACCAGGCCACCACCAUCACCACGAGAACAACUUUGACAGCUACCUGACCAAGCUCCAGACCCUCUGCACGUCCGACGGCUAUUGCGCCGACGAAGGCCAACGCCCCAUCUACGAGACCGUCAAGACCGCGCUCCAGGACUUCACCGUACUCCCGACGCCCAUCUGAGACCACCACCAGGGCCUCUAUCGAAGGAACGACUACGCCUAGCUCGACUAGCCGAUUCUUCUUGACGAUCGCUGCAGGCCUCUUUUUUACAAACGACCACCUUUGUAGCCGAGACUUUUGUUUAUCGAUCGCCGUCACCAUUCGCCGAGCGAUGGUCCACUGUUGCGGGGUAUCCGGAAUCGGGAUGGAAAAGGACGAUGAACUCAUCCUCGCGAUGUCUCCGAUCAUACGAGCUCGUGUAGAUUCUUAUGGUUCUCGUGUCACGGUAUUUCAAGUGUUCAGCUCACCCACACGGAUUCGCGCGGACAGCGGAGAUGACACAAGGGAACUCUCCGAUGUUCGUGAAAAAUCGCGUAUCGACAAGAUGGCACGUUCCAUCGUACGAUCAACUCAAACACGUAUAAAUGUAUACCAUAAUGUUGUAAGUGUAUAAUAAACGAGCGCGUUGCGGUGAGCAUCGAUGUGUUAGUGUAAAUGGUGUGUGGGUGUAAGCUGCGUUUUUGAUUCAGUGGAGGAAGGUCCACGCGUCGACGCGUCUUUUUGUACAUAUGAUGAAAUGUCGAUAAGAAAAGAGCUCGGGGCGCGCGACAAUCGUCGCCCACGCGGCUCCACGAAGUAUACUUGUACAUACCGACAUAAUCGUAAGCAAGCUAAUCCUAAGUCGUUUAUAAAUAUAUACAUAUAAUAUACUGUGCAGGGUGACGGAGAGACAGUAAACUGGUAUGGGAGGAAAAAAAUGUUGUACGGUUACCUAAAUAUAAGUCGUGUAAAGGAAAAAAAAGAAAAAAACAAAAAAAAAAAGGGGGAUGCACAAUCUUUAGCUUACCGUAGUUGUUAUAACGACGUGAGCUCUUACUGGCGCUUACAAUCUAAAUAAUCGCGUAAAACUCAAUACCGAUGACCUAUUAUCGUUGACACCUUCCCUUAUCCACUCACGCAUACUCG